AUGGCAUACAUAACGCACGUUAUGACAUUGGCUAACAGCAUAAUCGGCGUGAGUGUCCUGGCGAUGCCGUUUUGCUUCAAGCAAUGCGGGAUUAUUUUAGCAAUUUUAAUCCUGUUGUUCUGCAGCCUGCUGUCAAGACUGGCGUGUCAUUUUUUAAUAAAAUCAGCUGUGAUGUCUAGAAGAAGAAAUUAUGAAUUUCUUGCUUUUCACGCGUUUGGACCCAUGGGUAAGUUCCUAGUCGAGCUGUUCAUCAUCGGAUUUUUACUGGGAACCUGCAUCGCUUUUUUUGUCGUGACUGGCGACUUGGGACCUCAAAUAAUUGGGAAGAUUCUUAAUAAAAAUCCUGAGGAUAUUCGUUUGAGUUUUUUGUUAACUACUGGAUUAAUUAUUGUCUUACCUCUUGGAUUGUUGAAGAAUAUUGACAGUCUCUCCAGUAUCUGCACUGUUACAAUUGGAUUUUAUUUGUGUCUUGUUAUCAAGGUAAUAUCUGAAGCAAUGACACAUAUUUUUGACGGUGAUUGGGUGGAUGAUGUAAAUUACUGGCGACCAGCUGGUAUUUUACAAUGCUUACCAAUUUUUUCAAUGGCUUUAUUUUGUCAAACUCAAUUAUUUGAAAUUUACGAAUCAAUUCCAAAUGUUUCGUUGGAAAAAAUGAAUAAAGUCGUAAAAGGUGCAAUAAAUAUUUGUACAAUUGUAUAUUUAUUCGUUGGAUUCUUUGGAUAUGUUGCUUUUUGCAACCAAUCAUUCUCAGGAAAUAUUUUAACGAGUUUUGAGCCAAGCCUUACAUCUGAUUGCAUAAAAAUAGGAUUUGUAUUUUCAGUAUUAUUCAGCUUUCCACUUGUUAUAUUUCCAUGUCGUGCUAGUCUAAAUUCACUUCUGUUUCGACGGAACUACGCACAUGAAAGUUCAACUAACUACAUUCCAGAAAUAAGAUUCAGAUGCUUAACAUCGAUGAUAGUACUGGUAUCUUUAAUAACCGGACUAUUAAUGCCGAACAUUGAGUUUGUUCUUGGAUUAGUUGGCUCGACAAUUGGAGUCAUAAUUUGUCUGAUAUUUCCCGCUGGAUUUUUUAUCGCAAUAAGUACAAAGAAUACCAAUGAACGGUUGUUAGCACAAGUGAUAUUAUUUAUAGGAAUGUGGAUAAUGAUUCUGGGAUCUUAUGCUAAUUUGUACGCGAUAGACGAGUCAAGUACGACGAAAGUUUCAAUUGUUACUGACAAGCCAUUUGUUCCGAUUAAUAAUAUUCAUUUGAAUGUUGAUGAUAAUAAUAACAUUGAAAUUCCUCACAAGCUUGAAAAAAAGAUAUCACAAAAACUUCCACCAAACUUAACUUCAAUAGCAGACAAUAAAAUUCCCGAAGAAAAACCUAAAAAUGAAGAACUAAUUAAACUUCCAAAAGUUCUAACAGCGGAAGAAAAGUUAAAAGAAGUUCUUGCUGCUGAAGAAAAGAAUACAAUAAUAGAAAAUAAAGAGAAGGUCGAACCAGAGCCUGAAAAUUCUAUAAACGUUGAUGCAAUUAAAAAAGAAGAGUCUGAAAUUGCUGAAGCGGACGUCAAGGAUCCGAGUUUGCAGGAGCAACAGCGUGUGAAGGAGACGCUGAAGCAGCACAAAAUCGAGUCUAUUGAGCUUAUGAAGGAGCAGAAGGCUAUUUUGAAGAAUAUUGAGAUCAAGAAGGUGGAGAUGGAGGAAGAUAAGAAGUUUUUGGAAAGUCAAGCUAAGAGCAUGGAUAAAAUUAAUAAAAUUGAUAAAAUGGACAAUAAAUUAAAUGAGGGAGAGAAAAGUGACGUACAUAUCAGAAGUGAAAAUAAAACUCAAGGGAUUAAUUUAAAUAUUUUAAAUAAUUUAAAUAAAAGCUUGAGUUUUAAUUCAAGUGAAAAAAUAAAUCAAAGUAAAAUAAAUACAAUUGUACCUUUAGACCCUAAAAUAAAUGUGCCUUCCAAUGAAUCUCGGGGUCCUGUUCUAAAUGCUUUGACUAAUUGGACCGUCAACCAAAUUAUCAAUGCCUCGGGAUUUGUUAAUUCUGAAGAUAAUCAUUCGGUUAAUGAAAAUAAUAAUAAUAUUAAUUUAAAGUCGGUAAAUGAGGUGCCAAUUCCCCUGCCGCUAAAAUUAAAUAUGUCAGCGGAAAAUAAUAAUAAUAAUAUUAAUAGUAAUGAAGACAAAGUUGGUCGGGAUAUUUUACAGAAUCGUGGGAGAGAAAAGAGGGACGUUGAGGAGCUUGAUAAAAUAAUUUUAGACGAGGCUGUGAAGAGUACAAAUGAAGAAGAGUGUACGUCAAAGCCAAAAGAAGAUAAAAUUUUGAGCACUGAGUCGAUUAUCAAGACUAAUAUUAAUUUAUCGGAUCAAGAGUUUCAGGACAAGGUUAAUUCUGUGGACCUGGCUUUGGAUCCACUUACUAAUUCUGAGUACAGAGUCUUCAAGAAACGGGAUCUCAAAGCUUUUAAACCUGGAAGAAGAAGAGAUUAA